AUGCCUCGCCUACCUCAUAUAACGACGGUGCUAGCCGUAGUAGCAUUUUCCUCAAGCAGUAUCGUCAAAUCUCCAAGUAACCAAGGGGAUAACUUCGAGCUUCUCAUCUUACACAACAAUGACAUGCACGCCAGAUUCGAACAGACGUCCCAGUUGAGCGGAGCCUGCACUAUAGAAGACAGGGAAGCUGGGAAGUGCUAUGGAGGGUUUCCUAGAGUUGCUUAUGUAGUAAAAGAAGCAAGGAGAGCGGCCGCCGCUGGCGAGGGUCCACCAGUCCUUUACCUAAACGCGGGGGACACCUACACUGGGACGGCAUGGUUCACAAUUUAUAAGUGGAAAAUUGCCGCCGAAUUUCUAAAUGCAUUACAACCAGAUGCUGUUAUAAAUUCUCGUAUUAUUGAGCUGAAAUACUAUCCUUUGACUUCCCUUUUUGAUUAUCAAAGAUUACUCGCAGAG